AUGGUGAUGUACCUUCAUCCGCGCUCCUCUUCGGCCGGAAUGCGGAGCAUCCGCCGCGAGCUCCAGCGCAGGAGGUCCAAGCCGUUGGCGCCCACGAGGUCGGUCGCCAAGAAGCCGUCCGUGUCACCGCCGCCGCGUCACGGUGCGAGCGACGUCGUCAGGGGUCCAUGCCCUCGUCCACCGCAUCGGGACGUCACAUCGUCGACCAACGCCCAUUCCCGAGGCUCAACCGUCGCCGACGCGUCCCCGCAGCGCCGGCCUCGCGCUUCGUCGCGCUACACCCCCGCCUCUCCACCGCCGCUGCCUCGGUCCGCCCCAUCUUCGGCCAGUUCCGAGCGCGGAGCUAGUACUGGCGUCCCCGCGCAUCUGAAGCCCGGGACGGUGGUUCGUGUCCGCACGAGGACUGCGACGCUGAAGACGGGGCAGGUUCUCGUGCUCUGCCUCAAAGCCACGAUCGUGUCCUCGUCCACCGAUGGAGGCUACGAGGUUGUCUACGACGCCAACUGGCCACGCGGCGAUCCCAAGAGCACCGUCCACGUCGCGCCGCACCAAGUCAGGAUGAUCAAUCCGUAUCCGUCCCUGCCUCCGCCCACCGCCACUGUCGCUGCGACUACGAAGAAGGAGAUGCCGAGGCCAACCACGGCCGGGAAGAGCCUGCGCCUCAUCCGCAGCCUCUUUCCGGAGAUGGAGCUCCCCGCCCAGGCUUGA